GGAGCCGAGCGCAGCGGAGCGGCCUGACCGGUCCGGUCCGGUCCGGUGCGGAGCUAGCGGCGGUGGAGCUGCCUUUCCGGUUGAGGGAGGGGUGCACAGAGGAACCCAGGUGUCCGGGGCCCUGCAGCCCCUGGGGAGGGGGGGAUUUGCUGCUUGUAGCCACAUCUCAGCAUCACCUAGAGGCAGGUGGGUCCCCCCCAGGGGCAGGAUGGAGCCAGACGAGCCAUACAAUGGGGGCCCGGUGCUGGACGCCCCCAGUGGACCCAGCAUGGCCAUCAUCGGGGCUGAGGACGAGGAUUUUGAGAACGACAUCGAGCCGACGCCGGAGGACCACAGCAGCCUGUUCCAGAGCGUGGUGGUGGUGAAGACACACCCGGCCUACCUCAUGGCCUUUCUCCAGCAUGUGGUUCUGCAGUUCGACUCCUGCCCCAUGCUCUGCUACUUGCACGUGGAUCUGAUCCGCAGCGCGAGCCCCAAGGAGGGGAAGAAACUCUUCCUGGAUUUCUACCACACGUUCCUGGACAAGGCAGGGCUCCUGCGUGUCCCCAUCCCGGCCCAGGUGCAGUUUGAACUGGACCGGAUCCGCCCAGAGCUGCUCCCGGACGAGACCCUGCGCCAGUUCCUGAUCGACAUCCAGAACUUCCAGGAGCCCGAGAUCUCCCGGCAGCUGGAGGAUUUCAGGUCGAAGCGGAUGAUGGGGAUGACGCCGGGCGAGCAGGAGCUGGCGGAGCUGGAGUCGUAUCACACCCGGGAUCGCGGGAUCCGCGAGGCCAAGGAGAAGCAGCUGGCAGAGCUGCUGCUGGUGCGGCUGGAUGAGAUGCACCCCACGAUCUCCAGCGACGAGGAAAAAAGCUCCGCGAUUUUCGCCGCCAUCGUGACCUAUAUGAAGCACCUGGGCGUUAAAACCAAACUGGGCGAGAGCAAGAAAUCGAAAGGGAAUUUCUUCCGCAAGAAGAUGCCAGGGAGCCGGAAGCCGGAGGAGCCCCCCAAGCCGCGAAAGGGCUUCAGCCUGUUGGACGCCACGCGCUGGAACCGUGGGGACUCCCACAAUUCCGAUUUCAGACAAAGCAAAGUCCCCGAGGGUGAAGCGGAGAAGGCCACGGCCCCAGAGCGGAAGGGUCUCAAGUUGUUGGAGCGCAGCGAGAGCCGGACCAAGGGGGCCACGUCUGGGACCCCAGGGCUUGACCCCCCCGGAGUUUCUGUGACCGUGAACCCCCCUCUGGGGGAGGGGACCGAUGGGGAGGGGUUGGAGCCCCAGUGUCCCGUGGAGCCGGGGGAGGCCCCCCCCAGCGAGCAGCCCCCCGAGGACAAUGCUGAGAACGAGAGAAAAUGGAAAAGGCUGUCGGGGAGGCUGGGCCGGUCGGAGAGCCUGCGUGUGACCGAGCGGAAGCGCUCGCAGCGCGGCUCGGCCAAGGGGAAGCAGCCGCGUUCCCGCAGCGACGUGGACCUCGAGGCGGCCGCCCGCGCCGGGGAGCUGCAGGAGAGACCCCCCCUGGGGCCGGGGUGCCCGAGGCCCAGCAGCGUCACCCCGGAGCCCGGGGGGGCUGGGGGAGGGGAGCCCCCGCCGUCCUUUCUGCUUCCCCAGUCUGAGGAGACUGAGCCGCGCGUUUCGGAGCUGGAGCCGGAGCCGCCGACCUGGCGCCAGCGGGUCCCACCCGACGCCCUCCUCAGGCUGAAGAAAGGAGAAGUCAAGCGGCAGGAGGUCAUCAACGAGCUGUUCCUCACCGAACACGCCCACGUGCGGAUGCUGCGGGUGCUGCUGGAGCUUUUCUACCAGCCGCUGCUCAGCGAGGGAUUCUUCCAGGAGCCCGAGCUGGCCAACAUCUUCCCCGGCCUGGACGACCUGAUGGACGCGCACACCCUGUUCCUUGAGAGCCUGAAGAAGCUUCGGGAGGAGAGCGACUGCGUCAUCGCUGAGAUCGGGGACACGCUGCUGGCCCGGUUUGACGGCACCGAGGGCAGCUGGUUCCAGAAGCUCUCGGCCCGGUUCUGCAGCCGCCAGUCGUUCGCGCUGGAGCAGCUCAAGGCCAAGCAGCGCCGGGAGCCGCGUUUCAGCCAGUUCAUCCAGGAGGCGGAGAGCCAGGCUCGCUGCCGGAGGCUGCAGCUGAAGGACAUCAUCCCCAUCGAGAUGCAGCGGCUCACCAAGUACCCGCUGCUGCUGGAGAACAUCGCCAAGUACACGGAGGCGCAGGAGGAGCGGGCGAAGGUGCAGCGGGCGGCCGAGUGCUGUCGGCAGAUCCUCAACCACGUCAACCAGGAGGUGCGGUCCAUGGAGAACCUCAUGAAGCUGAAGGACUAUCAGAAGCGCCUGGAUCUCUCCAGUCUGAAGCAGAGCUCGGACCCGCUGCUCAGCGAGUUUAAGAACAUGGAUAUCACCAAGCGGAACCUGGUGCACGAGGGGGGGCUGACCUGGCGCGUCAGUAAGGACAAGGCUGUGGACGUGCACGUGCUGCUCCUGGACGACAUCCUGGUGCUGCUGCAACGGCAGGAGGAGCGGCUGGUUCUUCGGUGCCACAGCCGCCCCCCCGGCCCCACACCUGAGCCCCGGCAGGUCCUGAGCCCCAUCAUCAAACUCAGCUCUGCCAUGACCCGCGACGUGGCCA